AUGGAAGGCUCAGAGAGCGUGCAGACGCUCAUUGAUCGGUUCGAGCGAAUGGCUCGUGCUCAUGUUUCACCUCCAGCUUCGAACUCUCGCUUCGUAUCGAAGCGGAAGACGAGGGCGAUGUUGGAGUCCAGUGAUUUGCCCGUGAAGAAUAUCAUUCAUUGCAUGAACAGGCAGCGCUUGUGUGGUCUGCCCACGCCCGUGCACAUGGUUGCGGAGCAAGAGAAGGAGACUGUAGAGGUUCGAGAGAAGGUACUGGAUGAAGAGGAGAGUGCCAAGUCUAAAGAAGAGCUGCUGAAGGAAGGGGGGACGGAACUUACGGGCGAGGAGUUACUGGAUGUGAAGGACGCUGCAGAGGAGCUAUGGGGGGAGGAGGAGACUCCUGAACCUGAAGAGGAAGUGCUGGAUGGGGACGAGCAAGAGGCUGCACGUGCUGAUCCAUACGGGUCGGUUGCAUGCAAAGAUCGUGCUGCUGAUACGCUACAUCCAGAUGACACCACUACUCACAGUUCUUACGAUACGAUCAAGUCCGCUUUCUACGAUAUAGCGCCAUGCAGCCCGUCGGCUUCUUCAACCGCCUCUACAGGCUCUCUGGACUCGUUUUUCAACUCAUUCGAUAGCUGUUUGCCCGAGCAACUGCAGACAGCAGGUGAGACCAGCGCAGAAGGCUUUAGGGCUGUCAGACCUGCCGCCAUUGACUGCUCAAGACGUUCUACUUUCUACGAAGAUCGACGACCAGUGAUGACCUCCAAGCUGACCCCGCCAAUCCAAUACCGGCGUCGUAUGCUCACUCGGAUGCCGUCAUCCACGAACACUACGGUUCUUGCCUACAAGUCAGAGUCACCGCGCCCAUUUCUUAAAUCGGAGCGGGGCGUCACGGCAUCAUCGCCAUCGACCAGGACUCCCUCAACUUCAUCGUCUACCCCUCGAUACAUGGACUACGACAGUGCGCCGCGCUUUGUUGCCACCAAGGCUUGGAACAUGGAGCGUCGUCGGCAGCUGGAAGAGCGCCACCGCAUUCAAGCCACCAAAAACGCUAGGCCUCCUAAAAGCAGCAAACAAUCAUCUCCGACAAUACGCGUCAAUGGUACAGGCCCGCCUGAAGCAGGUUCGACCACGACUACCUGUGAAAGUGAUGGAAUCAUCCAGACCAAGUUCGGUCGUACCUGCUCGAUGCCAGGGAUAUCAAGCAGCACGCAGAGAACCCGGCAAUUGCGGCGAUGCCAAAGCAGGAAAUCCCCAUGUCCAUCCGCGCCUUAA